UGCUGCACCCUCCGCCGCCUACAAGACACAAAGAAAAGAUGGUAUCAUCAUCCUUGGCUGGUUGUUAACACUACUUUUUACCAUAUUUUCUUUCCUUGAACGAAGCAAUCAUCUCCUAUUACACUGGCAGCUGUGCUGCAAGUACAGUAACCUCAUCCUAUAGAAGAUCAAGAUUUUCUGCCUUCCAAGGCCACACCACCACAUACACUCUAUCACUCUCUUAACUGCUUGCUAAUGGCCGCCUCCGCCUCCCUCUCUCUCCCAAAACACACUCUCCCCUCUCUACUUCCUCCCACCAAAUCAUCACUUCUACUUUCUCCCUCUUUUCUCCCCAAAUCAUCAUCCCAUUCUCAAUUCCAUGGCCUCAAGCUCUCCUCCCCUUCUUAUUCUUCCUCUUCCUCUUCUUCCUCUUCAGUCAAGACUACUUUCAUUUUUGCCAAGGUAAACAAAGGCCAGGUGCCUCCAAACUUCUCCUUGAAAGAUCAGAAUGGAAGGAACGUGAGCCUCUCCAAAUUCAAAGGAAAACCUGUGGUUGUCUACUUCUACCCUGCUGAUGAAACCCCUGGUUGCACCAAACAGGCAUGUGCCUUCAGGGACUCCUAUGAGAAGUUCAAGAAAGCAGGGGCUGAGGUUGUUGGAAUCAGUGGCGAUGACCCAUCAUCGCACAAGGCAUUUGCAACGAAAUACAGACUUCCAUACACAUUGCUGAGUGAUGAAGGGAACAGAGUGAGAAAAGAUUGGGGAGUACCAGCAGAUCUGUUCGGAACAUUGCCUGGGAGGCAGACCUAUGUUCUUGACAAGAAGGGGGUGGUUCAACUUAUCUACAAUAACCAGUUCCAACCGGAGAAGCACAUUGAUGAGACUUUGAAGCUACUUCAAAGUAUUUAAACCUUUCUGUUCGUCAUCCCUCCUCUCCUCUCUUCUCUUCCUCCCUCUCUCUGUCCAUUAUCUUAUUUGUCUUGAAUUUCAGAUCGAUGAUUCAUUUCUAUUAUGAGUUUAGACCCUGUUAAUCAA